CCACAAUAGGGUACAAACUCACAGAUAGGCUGGCUUGAUACCUGGUCGCUUGAUAAGAUAGUUUGCUUAUCGCACGGUCUUGGGAUCAUGGCUGCUGUCUCGUCCACUUCUCUACCCACAGCACCCCGAUCAAGUCAUCGACAUCGAUACACAAUGCUUCCUUCGAAAGAUGACAGCAAUCUACGCGUGAAUAACUCGCUAGUCGAAUCACACGAUUACGACAGAAACGACAAUAUUAGUCACAGGGCAAGUGAGGAUGAGGGGUUGCCGUGGAAGAAUCAAGCAGUUUUGGAUUUGAAGUCCUGGCAUCAUCGCGAGAGUUACACUGGGGCUCUACUCAUCAACAUCUUCGCUUUCGUUCUGCCUGCCCUUUACGGCACGCUUUCCAAGCUAUGGGUCGCCAACAUAGAUUCGUCCAUGGUCGUCACAACAGAUACAUACACUUAUAUUGGUGUGGUCGCUGAAGUACUGAAUGAAGGUCUGCCACGCGCAUCCUACCUCCUCAUCGGCGACAAGUCCAAUCGCACCUUCCGUGAACGUGUUCAGCUCACCCACACGCUCAUUAUCUUCCAAUCGAUCCUGGGUAUGGCCAUGAGCAUCGGAUUCGUUGCCGGCGCCUCGACGUUUGCAAAAGGAUUUAUACCAGUCGAGGUCAGAGACGUGAGUGUGACUUAUGUUCGCAUUUCUGCCUUCUCUGCAUUCAGUUCAGCAGUUGAGUAUGCGGUCAACACUUCGACACGUGCGUUGGACAAACCAGAUGUACCACUCAUCAUCAGUUCAGUCAAGUUUGCUAUCAACAUCAUCCUCGAUCUGAUCUUGAUCUCAAAGUUCCAUGUCAGCAGUAUCACUCCCACUGUCAACAUGCAGGCCGGUAUCUCCUUAGCCUGUAACCUGACCUCCGCUUUUGCAGGCCUUGCGUACUUCAUCUACACAACCACGUUCAGUUCCAAGUCUCCAAUCCAUAACGACAUGACUGAUCAAAAGGUCAAGCCUACCUUCGCAGCUUUGCUAUCGUUCUUCCGACCUGGCAUCAUCUUCUUCACUGAGUCAGCUAUUCGCAAUGCACUCUACCUCUGGCUCAUACACGGCAUCGUAGGCUUAGGCAGCGAUUAUGCGACUGCGUGGGGUGUUUUCUCGACCAUUCGCUGGGGGUUGAUCAUGGUACCUGUAAUGGCGCUCGAAGCCACAACACUGACCUUCGUUGGCCAUUCGUGGGGACAAUUUCGCGCAGUACAAGCAUCCAGCACACAAUCGGACAGACCGAAAGUAACAGCGCGGCAAAUCUGGAGUAUUAUCCGCUGGGCUGGUUACUCGGUUACCAUCGUGUUGAUCGUAGAAGUGCCGAUGUGCCUCAUCAUGUCCUUCGUGGGUGUCAAACCAUUCGCGCGAUAUCUCUCUGGCUCGGAAGAGGUAUCGCGUAUUGCAGCGCGUAUGUGGCGCACUAUCGAUUGGUGCUACAUCCUCUAUGGCGUAUCGACGCAACUCGCAGCUAUUCUGGUCUCCACGCGUCCCAAGUGGUAUCUGUAUCAAUCUCUCGCCUCAAAUCUGCUGUAUGUGCUGCCUUGGGCGAUCGUCUGCCAGGGAGCUCAUUUGAACAUUGGCGAUGCUUGGACAUAUCACAGUCUAGUGUUUGGCGGUAGCCUGGUAUUUUCGUUUUUCGCGAUCAUGGCAAUUGUCGGGGUGUGGGCAAUCAGGCUGAGCCAGGGGAAGAUGCGGGUUAGAAGAAUUGCAUGAGGCCAUCAACCAGUCAACCGAAAAGAAAUAUCAGGGCUGCAACCUUGACUGCUAAGCAGUGAUUCAGAAUGCAGGUGGUAGUGGAUUUCACUUGGGCUGGCGGGGCAUUUGUCGAUAGUGAAUAUGCUGAUGCGUUGACCACGUCACACAUCUCUUGC